AGAUUGAAAAGUGCUUGAUGUUGUUAUUGUAGCAAAUCCAAAUCAUGAGUGAGUGGUAUCCAAUAUCCAUUAAUAAUUUCUCAUAUGUCUUAAUCUUAAACUUGUAUUUUCAUGAUCAUAUACUACUAAUGCCGCCAUAUAUACACCGCUUCAUGAAUAAAAUAUAGUCACGUCUCACCCUUUUCUUUCCUUCUCUAUAGACCUACCUUCAAUUCUCUUCUCUUCUCUUCUUUCAAUAUUCAUUCACUCACUCUCUAUAUCACUCACUUUCUAUUCUAUCACCUUUCAUUCUUAGUGCUUCAACACUUUUUCACUCCCUAGCCACCACUUCUUUCAACUUUUCCAAAAAACCAUGUUACUAAGAAGCUAUAGUGCACCAAUUCCAAGUUCUUUCCUUCCUCAUUCAAUGGAAUCUUCUUCUGAACAAGAACUCAAUCGCCAACCUAGAACCCUUGCAAGUCGAAGACAUAAAAACAAAAACUCUGCACCACGUAGUAACCUUGUUAAGAAUCAUCAUCAUCAAGAAGAAACAGAACAAAAAAUUUACAAGAAAAAAACAACACCUUCUAUUAGAGAAAUGUUUUCAAGCUCUAGUUUAGAUAAGCAUAAGCAAGUAUUGGAUCAUGAAGAAGGUGGUAAAAAAGUUGGAAAAUUGCAAACUUUAGUAAUGGGUGAUGGUGAUAUGGGAUGUGAUGGUGGCAGGACUAAUGGUAGUGGAAGAGGCUCUGGUGGUGGUGGAAGAAAUGGAAAUGGGUGGGAAAGUGAUUAUGGUAGAGAUGAAAUUGAUGCUUAUUAUCAGAACAUGAUUGAAGCAAACCCAAAUAAUUCUCUUUUACUUGGAAAUUAUGCUAAGUUUUUAAAGGAGGUACGUGGAGAUUAUGGUAAAGCAGAGGAGUAUGUUGAAAGAGCAAUUUUGGUUAACCCUGGUUAUGGUGAUGCUUUAUCACUAUAUGCUGAUUUAAUAUGGCAAACAGAAAAGAAUGCUGAUAGAGCUGAAGACUAUUUUGAUCGAGCUGUUAAAAGUGAUCCAAAUGAUUGCUACGUCCUGGCUUCAUAUGCAAAAUUUCUAUGGGAUGUUGAAGAAGAUGAAGAUAAUGACUGCCAACAUAAAACUGAUAAGAACCAUACAUAUUCACCUGAUCUCUUUCAAGGAGCUAAUGGUCGUUCUCAUGUUACUGCAGCCUCUAAAAUCUAACCUCUAUGUUGAUUUAGCAUAUAUCACUUUUUCUUGUAGAUAAGUAGGAUGACCGGUAUUCGAACUCCGACUUCUAGUAUAUAGAAUGUAAUGUCUGUGUCAAUUGAGCUAAGCUUACGAGACAACAUAUAUCACUUUUUAGUUGUAAAUGGCUAAUGGUAUGGCCAUAAAUAAGCGAAGAGAAGUAAUAUUUUGACGCACAAUUUGACAUUAAAAUACGACAAUAAUUUAAAUGGUCUUUUUUCCACACAAUUUAUUGACUAUAUAUCCAAUCAACACAAUUUGAACAUCUAAAAAUCAUACAUAUUUGAACACAAUUUGGAUGUUUAAAAGUAGUGGUUAAUUGUAUUAUGUGGAUGGUUCAUGAGUUGCAACACCUUAUUAUAUUCAUUAACCAUCUGUUGAACGUAAUUACCACAUAUUUAAAUUGGAUUGACCAUUUAAGUUACUGUCAAAUUUUGAUAUCAAAUUUGUGUGUCAAACUAGCAAACUCAUAAGAGAAUGUAGUAUUGUUUGCUAGUGAGGAUUUCACUGUUGUAUCAUUUGAAAAUAUAUGAAAUUUUGGUAGAAAUUAAAUAAAUGAAUAUUGAAGUCUUUUUCU